AUGGCCUCCACCACGAGCUUCUUAGCCAUGAUCAUGGCGUGCACGCUCCUCGCCAGCACGACGUGCCAUGCCGCUCGCCACUUGGCCGACACCACCCCGGCGGCUGCCCCACCCGCUGCCGCUGCUGUCCCUGGCCUCCCGGCCGUGCCGACCAUGCCGACGCUGCCACCGAUGCCGGCUGUGCCGACGGUGUCGUCCUUGACCGUGCCAUCUAUGCCGACUGUGCCACCCGUGCCGCAGGUGACACUGCCGCCCAUGCCCGCUGUUCCUGCGGUGCCGAAGGUGACGAUGCCCCCAAUGCCCGCCAUCGUCGUGCCUAAGGUGACCAUGGCACCGAUGCCCGCCGUCGUUGUGCCUAAGGUGACGAUGCCGCCGAUGCCCGCCAUUCCUUCCAUGCCCAAGAUGACGCUGCCGCCGAUGCCUUCUAUCCCCACUGUCAACGUGCCUAUGCCGUUCUUGGCGCCGCCUCCAUCAACUUAG